ACGACAGCCUGACGCAGCAAGCAAUUGGUCGGCCGCCGUGCCGAUCACGUCCAGCGCAACCAUAUUAGGUUGAGGCCAAGAUUCCCUGGCGGUCGCCGGGCUGAAGGCAAGUUUGGUAGACGCGGAGGGAGUCGAGGCAUUUGUGACCAAAGUUAAGUGGGAUGAGAAAAAUGAAAUAAAAUCACCGUAGAAAGAAUUUCCAAUCGGCAAAAAAAAAAGCAAAACCGACUGAUCUUUGUAGACCCCCCCCCCCCCCGUCAAAAAAGAAAAAAAGGAAAAACACAAGAUUAAAAGCUGAGGGAGCGACCUCAGAAUAAUAAGACAGCACGUUCAGAACGCGGUUGUACUUAAGAUGGCCGACUUCAAUCUGAUUGAUGCACUACAUGAAACUACACCCAGUGUUGAAAUGGAAAUAAAGAGGGAUUUCAUUUCUUCUCUGGAGGCAGAAAAAUAUGAUGAUGUUGUUGGAGAAAGCGUGACAAAAGAAAGUUAUAUUCCAUUGCUGGAUGAUGAGACAAAAUUACCUCCUUCAGAGGCUGAUGGCAAAGCAGUGGUACACUCGUAUGGAGAAACAAUACCUGAACAAGCAACAAAUGGACGACAAUUGGCAGAACGUUCUGAAGCAGGUGAACAAGGACCAGGGAAGUUGCCCAAUGGUGGAGGACAAGCCGAUAGCACAGAAAUGCACUACUUUCCAGCUGGCGAGGAAGUGUUGUAUUUUGGUAAUAAACAUCACGAAGAAGGGAUAGUAAUGAAUAUGAUAUCGCAGUCAGCACAGAUGAGCACAGAGUCUCCCUUCAGUGUUCUUGACACAAUGGAAAGACCAGGUGCAGAGGAGCAAUUGAAGUUUGAACCCAUGCGAUCACCUGCACAUGAAAUGAAGAGCCCAACAUUGUCUUGCCACGAACUGCACCACCUAAACUCUCCGACUGAAGGUACAGAAGAGCCAACAUUUGAAGAAAGCCCAGAAGUGACCCAGCUUUCUUUUGAAGAAAUGGCUUCUCAGCAAGGAGAAAUGCUUGAUACUACUCUUGAAACCAGAGAUUCCAUGGCUGCUGUUACAGCACCCUUAGCAUUUGAAGAAGACCUUUGCGGUUAUCAGGAGGAAGUCACGAACAGCAGCAUGACACUUUCACCAGCAGAGGUGGAAUCCAUUACAGACCUUGAAGGAAAUCUGCAAGUAAAGCAAUUAGAACAAGACUUGGAAAGGGUUGAAUUGCCACUGACGCCAUCUCAACAGCGCAUGGAGUCAGCACAGGAAACAGAAGAAGAACUUGGUAUACCAUUGACCAGCUUGACUCAAGUUGAAACAUCUUUCUACUCUGUAGACUGCAGCAAUCCAGCUCUGAGCAGUGCUGCCAUAAUUGACGAUCACUUUCUGUCAAAGAUGAUGACAACAGAGGUCAUUGUUGAUGCUCAAGUGCAAGCACCAACAAACAACACGCUGAACGCCCAGCAACAGGAGAACUUUGGCCAUGGCACUGAAACUCCUGUCUUCACAGAACCAUUCCCACCCUCCUGCAGAAACAUUGAUACUCCGACGGGACUUACCAGCACCACCUCAAGCACAGUUAUACCAGUUACUGAAGCUUCACCUUUGGAACCUGCCUCUGAGAAAGGCAAGUCUGCAGAUGAAGUAAGAGAAAUCGCCCAAGCCAAAGAAUCCCAAGUAGUCAAAGUGGCGGUGGAGAAGAAGAAGAAAAAGAAAAAGCGUUCACAUCCCAAGGCAUCUCAACCUGUAGUAGAUGUGCCAUCUAAAGCUAAAGAUGUUCAUCGAAUUAUUUCUGAUCAGCGGCUAGAAGAGCUGCCUUCCGGAGGGAUACAAGAGCACAAAGAAAUGGUUGUUAACACUGAGAAGUCAUGUAAGGAGAUGCCAGGGAUGAAGGUAAAAGCGCAACCGUCGGAUAACGUGCCAAGUGCUUGGACAACAGGAUAUGCCGGAGAAAAAAUGGCUUCAGUCCCUUUGCCGAAUACUAAAACCUCUUCAGAGUGGCCUCAAUCAGCAGGGAGAGAGAGCCAAAGAGUAGAGGUAGCUUUGUCAAAGAGCGCAUCGCAGGUGAAGUCAAUUUCAGAAGUGGAAUGGACUGAGCACCCUUUGGAUUCUUGGAGCAGGGAGAUUAGCUCCCCUAAAUUUCUCCAAAAGUGUGAAGUAGAAGAGGUGCUACAGCCUUCUUCAGACAAAUGCAGCGAUGAAACUGCUUCCUGCAAGUUUCAGGAAAAGGCUGAGAUGGACAGAUUAGCACUGACUUCUCUGGAACUUGGGGAUGUAGAAUAUGCUCCCCCUGAGUCAAGGAAAGCGCCUGAACUGAAGGAGAUGGAAGUGCCUAUCCUUGAACAAGUAGAUCCAAAAACUGCUCCCUCCGAGACAAAACAAACACCUGAAGCGGGUGAAAUAGUCCAGAUUCCCCUGGAAAACACAAGUAGGGAAAUUACUGUCCCUGAGCUGCAGAAAGUGGAAGAAGUUGCACAGACCAACUCGCAACUUGAAGGUGUAGAAAAUGCUUCCCAGGAGUUGCUGCUAUCAUCUGAGGUAAAAGAAAUAGCAGAGACCCUUACUGAAAAUCUAGAUAGAGAAACGACUUCUCUUGAAUGGAAGGAAGUGCCUGAGGUAGCAAAGGAGAUAGCAAAUCCUUGCGUAGAAAACAUUGUUAAACAAAGUACACCUUCUCUCCCCGAGUGCAUGUCUGAGGUGAAGGAGAUGAUUGAGAACUCUGUUAGUGGAAAAGUUACUCCCCCUGAAUCAACUGAAACAUCUGAAGUGAACAGGACAGCAGAGAUGCCUCUGCAUCAAAUGCGUGGAGAAAUACGUAGCCUUGACUCCCAGCAAAUGCCUGUGGUGGAUAUGUCAGAGAUGGUUAUAGAAAAUGUAGAUACUUCCCCUGAAUCAAAUACGUUGCCUGAGGUGAAGGAUGCAGAUGCAAAUUCUCUAGAACUAGUUGCUAGACAAACUAUUCCCCAACAGUCAGAGGAAACAUCAGUAGAGACAAAGUUAGCAGAAAGCCCUUCACACUGUAUGUAUAGAGAGGCAGAUACCCUUGAACUAGCGCAACAGCCGGAUGUAAAGGAGGUAGAAAAGAGUCCUCUGCAGCAUGGGAAUGAAAUGGGUGCACUUGAGUUCGAGCAAUCAACUGAGGUGAAGGAGAUAGAGCAUCCACUGACAAAAGAACCAGAGAUCCGUGAGUCACAUCAAACAUUAGAGGUAACGGAGGUGAUAGAACAUAUGAAUGCAGAAACAACUCUCCCUGAUUUACAGCAUACUACUGAAGAAAAAUGCGCUCUGGAUGAACCUAGUGAAUUUACACCCACUGAAACGCAGCAGAAAACUGAGGUGAAAGAGCCUACCGAGAGUCCACUAGAAUGUCCAAGCAGUGAGACUACUGCUCCAAAGUUACAGCAACGUUCUGAGGAGAUUGAGAAGGUGGAAGCUCCUCUGGAAUGUCAAACUGAAGUCAGAGCCUCGGAGGGCACCGGCCAAGUUGCUCCCCAAUCACUGAAGCACGAAGCACCAAAACAGCUGGAUGACAACGAGGAGAAAGGUCCAAAGUCACCUUUGAGAAAAGGAGGUGCAAAACCUCUCCAAAAGCGAGGACCUACCAAAGGUAUUUCACAGAAGGAGAUUGGGGUGAAAGUGACCUCUGAGCAGCACAGGGCCUUGAAGGCCCCGGUGCACCCGAAGGUCACGAAGGCACCGAAUCAACGAGUGGGAGAUGGUGAUGAUCCUCUGGAACCAAAGGAGAUUGGAAAUGUAUGUGCACAGGCUGAUCAGGGGCAUCUGGAUAAAGGUCCUCGUCCAGAUGAAGCUAAACCCAAGGAAGCAGUGACAGGGGUCCUGACCAAAACAGAGACUGCUGCAGUCUCCAAAGAACACCCAGCAACCCCUGAUACAAAAGGAAAGGUGGGCACACUGACUACAAAGACCUUAACAGCCAAAACUAAACCACAGCCUUCAGCUUCCCUUAAGCGACCUACUGCAGCUGCUCCAAGCCCCAAUAAAAAACCCAGUACAACCACUCUGACGGCAGCUACCACUUUCAAACGACUUCCUCCUAGUCUGGCGCGGUCUUCUUCUGCGACCACCAAAGAUGUGAAACCAAAGGCAACUGAUGCCAAGGGUACAAUGAAGCCCUCUCCAUCGAGGCCACAAUCGGCAGCUGUCACUAAAACACCCAGUAACACAUCUGUUAAGAGCAGUACAACAUCCCUGCAGAAAGCGGCAGCUACCGCUGGGUCAACUCCGAAAAAUACACUUUCUACCCCAAGAAGACCAACAUCUAUCAAAACUGAACCAAAAUCUGGAGAAAUGAGGAAGUCUUUGUCGGCAAAGUCUCCCCUGGGUGAGACGGGUCGCCCGAAGACUACUUCCACCACUUCUAUUAAGAGUAGUGGCACUACCCCAAGUUCGCCGAGCACACCUCUUGGUGUGAAUAGUCCAGGAACUCCAUCGUCUAACACCACACGGGCACCUAGAACGCUGGCUCUGAAGACAACAGCUGCUUCUGAGGCUAAGAGAGUGGUGCCGAUCCCGCGCACACCCCCAAAGCCCACUGUAGCACCCGCGCCAAAGCAACCUCGGCCAACUAGUGCCCCAGCUCCCGACCUAAAAAACAUCAAGUCCAAAAUCGGAUCCACAGAUAACAUGAAAUAUCAGCCUGGAGGGGGAAAGGCUAAAUCAGUAGAGAAAAAACCCGAGCCGGUAAGAUUGAACCGAAAAGUUGAGCCCAGCACUCCGAUUCGAGUAGCUAAAACCACAACCGCAAAAGAUAACCAAAAACAAGCCAAUGGCAAAGUCCAGAUUCUGAACAAAAAGGUUGACUACAGCCAUGUGCAGUCCAAGUGUGGCUCGAAGGAUAAUAUUAAGCACAUGCCUGGUGGAGGCAAUGUGCAAAUUCCAAAAACCAAAGUAGUGGAACCGAGUCGAGCAGCAUCAAAGUGUGGGUCCAAGACCAAUCUGAAACACAAAGCAGGCAGUGGUGAUGUGAAGAUUGAGAGCAGCAAGACUGAUUACAAAAACAAAGCCGAAUCCAAAAUUGGGUCCUUGGACAACCUCAACCAUACUCCAGGAGGGGGCAAUGUGAAGAAUGAGGGUGAAGAAGAAUCAGAAUCAGCAACGAUCAGUCAGGCUCCAGAAAAUGGGGAUCUGACAGGACAAGCUGAGAGUGGGACACAGCAAAAUGGAGUAGGGGUGGACCCACCUGCCGGGUCUGACGAAACUCUCAGCCAAGAGUUACAAAUGCAGGAGACAUAUUGAAUCUCACAAGCUGAUGUUCCGUGAGAACGCCAAGGCCAGGACAGACCACGGAGCAGACAUUGUGUACAAAUCCCCCGUUUCAGACCACACCUCGCCUCUCUGCAGCUCAUCACUAACUGAAAGCCUCAGCUCCCUUGGAUCUCUGCAGCUUGCUAUCCCUGCUGGAAACCCGUCUGCCAAUCUAGCACAGCAGAGCUUGUGAAUUUAUUAUUUCUUCUUAUCUUCAUGUUUGUUUCAAACUACAUUUAACAAAAACAAGAGGUUUAGCAUCAUUAACAGGAUUUGUGCUUUGAAAGGGAUGUUCCUAUUGAGUUAUUUCGGGGGCUGGGGAACCAUGUUUAAAAAAAAAUCCAUGUAACUGCUCAACAUACACCCUUGCGUGAUAGAUGCCUGCUAUUUUAGAAUAAGAUAAUGGGCUUGAAUGGAGCCAGUUAAUCCAACACUGGAUUGUAGACUGGUUGGGAGCAUGAAUUCAUCAUCUAAUCAUCAGGUUUGUCAGAUACAGUAGAUGGAUAUAGGGAAUUAAAAAGCACCCUAACCCCACCCCAAAUCUUUUCCCCUACGUCCUCAAAUGGCUUGACGGGAAUAUUUAAUUUUUUACAAAUUAUUUCCCCCAGGUGUUUGUCUUUGCAUUUUCCUCCUGCACUCCAGAGAUGUAAUCGACCUGCAGCCCGCCCUUGCAUUGGCAGCAGCUGCGAAUCUUGCUUUUCUUUGAGGGAUUUUGCUCUUUUCCCAAAGUCUAAUAACCUGCGCUGCUCUGAAACCACCCAUUCAUAUUGUUAAACCUUACCCUGCUGUACAUUUAGUCUCUACUUAUUGGUCCCCAUUUCCCUGUAAAUAAAGCAAAAGUCACAAAUAUAAAUCAUUUGAACACACUGAAUUUGCACACUUGUAAUGGACAGGGCAGAAGUGAGUUGGUAAAGAAACACAAAAAACAUGAAAGUUUAAAAAAGUUUUUGAUGUGAGCAAUGUUCAAGCCUCAGCGGUCUGUUGCCUAAGAUACUUUUUAUAGAAACUGCAAUCAUUAUCUUUCCCAAGGGUUUUAUUUUACAGCAUAGUUUGUCGGUACCAGUCAGUCCAUUACCAUGCAGCUUGGUAUGGAGUUCAGAAGUUGUUCAUCAUUCCUUGCCCUUUUGUGCACAUACAAUAGACCUGUAUAAUCUUGCACCAUGGAAGAAAGCUAUUCAGCCCCAGUAAAUCCAUGCUAACUCUUAGCACGAGGCUCAUUCCCCAUAACCCCAUAUCUACCUUUAAUUCUUGCCCCCACCCUUGUUGCUGCAGGGCAGACGUCAGAGCGGAAGUGGAGGCCUAUUUUUUUGUAGACUAGGUCUGAAAUUGAACCCUAGGAAGAUUGGAUCAAAUGAACUACUUCUGAGAGCUGUGCAGAAGUACAAAUGUUGGCAUUAACUAGUCAGUUGCUAGGAGGCUAGGUGGGAAUACUUUACCAACCAGUACAUUUAAUCUUGACCUGAACUCUUGUUAUUUCCCUGGAGCAAAGCUAUCCAUUCUGACUGAAUUCUUGCAAUUUCCCCACGAUCUCUGGGCAUAGCCUUGUCCUUCCAUAAUCUACAUCCUGCCUUUGCUGAGGGCAGCACUAACUUAAAGGGAAAGGGCCCCCUCCCCCGGGGGGGGGGGGGGGGGGGGAGUAAAAGCAAACUGGGUAGAUGGUGAAAAUACUCUGGUCGGUCAACACCUGUGAAGAGGCAAUUGAUGUGAAGAUAGACACAAAAUGCUGGAGUAACUCAGCGGGACAGGCAGCAUCUCUGGAGAGAAGGAAUUGCCUUGUAUAUCUAAUGAUGUUUCUGUCUGGGAGAAUGGCGGCAGGGGCUUCCUGUCCUGCUGAGUUACUCCAGCAUUUAGUCUCUCUUCAGUUUAAACCAGCAUCUGCAGUUCUUUCCUACACCAUUGAUGUGAAACUGAUCUACCUUCCCCUGCCCACAGGAUUGAUUCUGCUCUUUUUCCUUGGAAACGUUUUGUUUCCACCCCCCCCCCCCCCCCUCCACAACCUCUUUCUUCAACCCCCCUGCUCCCCAACAAAAAAACAGCUUCAUAGCACCCGUCAUUAAAUGCCAAAUUGACAGGAACUGCCGCAGUUCUUUUUAAAACAUCUUUAAAUAAAUCUAAAGACAAAGGAGCAAAGGUUGCCUUUUGGUAUUUCACACAGGGCGGGAAGGCUAACGUGUUUGCUGUAGAGUCGUCCAACACGGAGAUGGGCCCUUCGGCCCAACGUUUCCCUACUACGCAUCAAAUACCCAUCAGUUGUCAGCACUCAACCUUGAAGUGCUUCUCUAAACACUGCUAAAAUGUUGUGUGAGUUCCUUCCUCCACCAACCCCCUUAGUCAGCUUAUUUGUACCACUUUCCUUUUUACAAAUAUCUAAACUUAGAUAUCAAACCCAGCUGCAGUUGUUGAAAUGGGAUUUUGUUAGUUUAUAAGCACCUUUUUAUUAAAGUUGGUAGAUAUUCGCAAGUAAUUGUUUUGAAGCUUACCCUCUCCAUCAAGUAGCCUGGAGCAACUCAUCAUUUGAGUCAUGGAGCACAGAAACAGGCUCUUCUGCGCACCCUACCAAUGUUAGGUAUUGAAGAGCCAUCUCUACUAAUCCCAUCUUUCAGCACAGCCCCGUGGCUUCCUGUGCCUUGGCGAUUCAAGUGAUCGCUCUGCGAGUCUCUGCCUCUACCCAAAUCCAGUGAAACAAAUACAGAUUAUCCAGUUCCUCCUCUUAACUGAAACACUCCGACCCAGGCGUCACCCUGGUGAAUCUGCCCCGCACCCCCUCCAGUGCAAUCCUUGUCCUUCCUCUAGUGUGGCACCUAGAGCACUCCAGCUACAGGCUAAUGUUUGCGCAAUGUUCUUGUAUUCCAUGCCCACCUAAAUCUGGCAAGUACCAUAUAUGUUGCCUUAGCUACUUUACCUACAUGUGAUGCCACCUGCAGGGAUCUGUGGGAAUUGUGUACCAAGAUCCUUCUGGUCCUCAAUAUUCACUAGCGCCCUACUUAACUGUCCCACUUUUAUUAGUCCUUCCAAAAUGCUUCACCACUUGUCAGAAUGAAACACUGUGUCGUAGCUCUGCUGAUCUUACCGAUCAAUGUUGCUCUGGCGCUCAAGACCAUUCUCCUCAUUAUCAACACCACCACCAACUUUUAGUUGUUUCUGCGAAUGGUGUCUCCAUCAUUCAUAUUUAGACAGUUACUGUGCCCCGCAGACAGUGAGGGUCUCGGCACUGAUCCCUACGGGAGAUCAAUGAUCGCAAUAACAGACCCUCUCAGGUUGAAUCUCUCAAUCAGUCUGAAGAAGGGUCCCGACCCGAAACGUGUUCUCCAGAGACGCUGCCUGACCCGUUGAGUUACUCCAGCACUUUGCGUCUUUUUUUGUAAACCAGCAUCUGCAGUUCCUUGCAUCUACAUUUUGCUCCUCCUCAGUUUACCCUGUGGAUCAAUGAAAGCCGGGCCUCUGGAAUGGACGUGUGGCUGGUUCUACUCAACGGUCACAGCGUUUAGAGGUAGAUUGGAGAGGAACUCGGAUAGGAGGGGGAUUCAUCACAUCUGGAUAUGGCUUAUAGCCAUUGUCUAUCAUUUUCUUUGUGUUAAGAACAAGUCCUGUUACUGAAUAAACCUGAGGUAUUUUUCUUAGUCUUCGCAGCUUCUGUUUCCGUCUUGGUGUUAAAAUUUGUUUUUAAAAAGAACUGUAAAUUGUUUUAACUUAUAGAUUUCUUCAAGUUUAAUCUUUGGUGAUGAAGUACUGACUAUUGUAUAAUGAGUAGUGAUUUAAAAAAAUACAAUUAACUCUGUUUUCUAAACAAUAUAAUCUUCAAGGCUGUGGAGCGCUGCCUUUGUUACAAGAGUUGGCCGGCCAGGAUUUGUAGAAUUGUUCUCAGCGGUUGGUGGGCAGGAAUGAAUGGACGCUGUCCGUGGAAGUGGAGUUUGUGCAGAGUUUUAUGAAAUGAAGGAUCAGGGGUAGGGCAGCAAUUAGAUGUAAACGCACCAAUGUGUAGGAAAGAGAAAACUAGAAUCAAGCCAUUAGGGUUGUUCAGUUAUGAUAAUAGCUAUUGCAAGUGAGUGAGUGAGUGGAGUCAGGCUGAUGGGCUAAAUUUGAAUACUAAAAUGGGAGGUUGUGUGCACACACAUAGUGGCAAAUGCCUGCGUACAGUGCAACCAUGUACGUGUGCUUGUUUGGACUUUGUAAGUGGCAGCGCAGUCGGCACUUGUUCCAAGUUUGGUCAUUGGUGUUCAAAGCACAAACUCGGUUCAAAGGUGACGGUGAGAUUGGGUAACUGAUGUGUCAAGUAAGGGGGUGGUUUGGUGAAGGGAGUCAGGCAGAGGGUAUAAUUACCUGAAGCCCAGAGACGCAGGGUGCUGGGGAAUGACUGGAAAGUUUGCUGUAGUUGAUAUUGUUAAUUUCUGAGGAAUUUUUAAAUUGUUCAGCUGGUCCUUCAGUGAGAGUGAGGCUUGUUUGUGGAGGGGCCACUGGAGACAGGAGGUGCAUUUAAUCUACUCUGGCUCCAGCAGAUGUGUUCCUUCCUCCACAUGCACUGUCUGAAGCAGGAGCGGCUGAAACGUUAGGGAUACUUCUGAGAACAAAUUAAACUCUUCCUACUUCAGGGAGUUUGGCCGAGACUGUAAAAGAGGAAUCAUGAGAGGUGUAUCUGGAUUUUGCACACCGAGAGAUGUGUUUUAAAUGAAGAAGUGAUGUGUGUUUUAAAUGAAGUAAUGUUGGUCUAUUGAUCAAGGUUUGGCGGACGUUAUUAAUUCUAAAGUUGCUCAGAAAGGGAACUGCACGUUCAACACUUGUUAUUCAUUAUCCCUCAUCUAAAUGUCUUUUUCAAAGGGAUUUACUGCCUCUGUACCAGAUUGUCUGCUACAAUUGCCUCUUGUUAGCUUCCGUUUGUAACUGCAUCCAGACCUGUACUUGACCUUUCAAACACUAUUCAGAAUCACUCGAGCAUUUAAAAUAUAUAACAUUCUAUUGUUGUUUAUACUUAAUUCAGAGUAGUUCUAGAAGGUGACUGGUAUAUAACAUCAUUGUUUUAAUCUGCACUAAUGCCCAGAUGGAGGUGAAAAUGGACGGUAUUAAUGACAUUUAUUGAGUUUUGUGAAGCAGCUUCAUUUAAACUGGUCUGACCUGCUCCACCUUUCCCUUCAACCUUCUAACCAGAAAAAAAAACUACGUUUACAUGUGGAACUACAUUUGAUUAAUUUCAGUAGAAAUAUAUCACAUUUGCACAGAAUUGAUGUAUUGAUUUCAGGAAAAUGAUGGGAUUACUCUGGUCCCAACAGUCCCAGAGAGGUCGGUUCACAUUUACAAUUGUGUUGGAAAAAUGCUCUUAAAACUUUAUACAUCAGAUUGUAAAGAAUUGUGCACCCUCCUUGGUGCAAGAAUCUCGGAUGUUUAUGUGCAUGUGUACGUGUUGGACAGAUCAUUUUUAAUAUGAUGUUUGUGCUGCUGUGAUUGUAUUUUUUUUAGUUUCCUUACCUUUGUGUGGUUUAAUGUGAAUUGGUCUGUGUCAGGAGUCAAAGAGAAUUCCCUUGACAACAUCUGAAGUGCAUUUGCUUUGCUUAUAACUACUCCUUAGUACAGCUUGGAGAAGAAUAGGGAUUGCAGGUUUGAUUUUGGGUCUCUCCGCAAUUAAGGGUCAUCGUAAUUGGGGCAGCAGUGGGUGGUGACAUGUAGGCGGAUGGGCUGAUGGAUGUUCAUUGACUUUGGAUUAGGCUUCACAUGGCCGUAGACUGCUAACUGCAGAGACGAUUCUUGAGUUUGUGAGGAAUAAAUGUACAAAUAGUCAUUAAAAAGGCCUUUAAUGUGACCUUUAGAUGUUUGAAUGGUCAUGGAUUAAGUGCCCAAGUUGGUGGGAAAUUGAUGAAAGCAAAUUGCUGUCACAAUUCCCACAACAGUGAUUACACUUCAAAAAUAUUUUCUUGGCUGUAAAUCACUUCAGAAGGUUUUGAAAGGGACAUAAAGGCACAUUAUAAAUACAAGUUUCUUUUUGUUUGGGGUGUCAGUAGUUAGUGAACGUGCAUCUGGUUUCAAAGGUGAUGUUUGAUACAACCCACAACAACCUCCUCAUCUCACCAUUCCCACCCGAGAAAAAAAAUACUCCUGUUACUGAACAGUGUGAUUUGUUGGUCGCGCCAGCACCUGGUACUUUCCAAAAUGAACUUAUUUACUUGUGAAUUGUUUCUUUUUUAAAUAUUACAUUUUUAAAAUUGUGCAUGUACUAUCUAGAUUAAACGGAAAUUAUAAAUGACAACCUUUGGAGGGGAUAAAAAGCAAUAACUUGUUCAAUCCACUGAUGUCUGUGGAAUCAGUGUGACCGGCCUCUGAUCCUGGAGUGGCCGUGUGUUCGACAGACAUUGUGAUGGGUGUUUAACAACGUGGAUUCUGUUGUACAAAGAAAGCACUAGUCCACUCCAGGACCAACAUAUCCUCCAUCUCAAUCCUUCCCUUUUCUCCAUCCCCAGAAUGAAAGAACAUGUCUGUGCCAGCAGUGAGACUGGAUGACUUGUAGCUUUAUGGGGAGAAGCCCACAGCCUCCACUCGAUAGCUGACGCUGGCCUUAUAGUGGGUGUCUUACAUCAAGACCACCACUGCAGUAUGGAUUGCCAGAAUAAUGGGUCCAUUCAUGAGAACAAGGACUUAGACUGUUGAUACAAGGCUGAAAGGGUCAGUGCUCUCUCACUUUAAUUCUGCAUGUGUCCACGGACGAUUCACCCCUUCCACUACCAAUCCUUUCAAUAGGUACCUUUCCCCAACCAGUGACAAAAGGAAACUCAGCAGGAAUUUACAACCAAAUAACUUUUGUAAUUAAAGGUGAGAAAAAUCCAGAAUCCAUUUUAGGGGAUUUGGCAUCUUCCCUUUCUCCCACCCAGACUUGCUUUCUCUACCCCCUACACUUCCACUUUUUGCUUUUCCCGUACCACUCAAUUAUUUCCCUUAAUCAGGACCAGCAACGUUGCCUUGAAGUUCAUGCUAAUCCUUUUUGUUCUUUAAAGAAAUCCUCCCUAACUGCCACUACUGGUUUUGUUUCCGGGGGGGGGGGGGGGGGGGGGGGGGGAGAGAGAGGGGAAGAGGCCUUUAUAGCACUGAAGAAAUUUCAGCUACUUCCACUUUUACGAUUCAGUGGUGCUUUUCUAAACCACGUUCCCACUUCCCAUUGCAGAGUUUUAAAGCUUUAAGCAUCCGUCCACACUAACAUCACAGAACAUAUGUUUGAGGCACUAUUCUUCAAAAAAAUAAUUGUCAUUUCUACAUUGUAAGAUGAGAAGCGAGAUUUUAGGAAAAAGUAUGCCGUUACUGAAAACCAACGUUAAUUUGUGUAGUUUUUAAGAGUCUAUAAAUGGGUUUUUAAAGUAGUAACGGGCUGCAGCAGUGCGUGCCUGGGUGAUACAGGACAGUAUCUCCGCUGCUGCUAUUGUCCUUGCCUUGCACACAUUUAAUAUUCUUGAAAUUUUCUUCUCGCUUUUGCUGUUUGACCGCUGUGGCAACAACUCUUCCCAUUGUUUGGUCCUUAUUGUACAAGUAAAGGUUUGAAAUAAAGCUUAAAUGUUGAUGUUA